AUGCUUUCUGACUUUAUGGAGUCUUAUGUACGACCAGCACCAUGUACGACCAGCACCAUGUACGACCAGCACCAUGUACGACCAGCAUCAUGUACGACCAGCACCAUGUACGACCAGCAUCAUGUACGACCAGCACCAUGUACGACCAGCACCAUGUACGACCAACACCAUGUACGACCAGCACCAUGUACGACCAGCACCAUGUACGACCAGCACCAUGUACGACCAACACCAUGUACGACCAGCACCAUGUACGACCAGCAUCAUGUACGACCAACACCACGUACGACCAGCACCAUGUACGACCAGCACCAUGUACGACCAGCACCAUGUACGACCAGCACCAUGUACGACCAUUAUCAUGUACGACCAUUAUCAUGUACGACCAGCAUCAUCAUCCCCACUUAA